CACUCUCUCUCUCUCUCUCUCCCUCCCUCCCUCCCUCUCUCUCACACCGUUAUAAGAUGUCACUGCCAAUCUUUUCACCUUUAUUCUCCCCUUUAAAGCUUUCUUUCUUGGAAGAUAAAGGAAGGUGUUAUUCGUGGGCGUUGAGGCAAAGCUUUGGGAAGAAGAAGAUGAUGGUGGUGAGAGCUGGGCCAAAGAGAAUAGCUUUUGAUAAAGAAUGCAGAGAAGCUUUACUUUCUGGUAUCAAUAAGAUUGCUGAUGCUGUUUCUGUCACUUUAGGACCUAAAGGGCGCAACGUAGUUCUCUCUGAAUCUGGUGUGCUGAAAGUAAUUAAUGAUGGUGUUACCAUAGCUCAAGCCAUAGAACUUCCAGAUACAAUUGAAAAUGCAGGAGUGACACUUAUCAAGGAGGUUGCAACUAAGACCAACAGUUUAGCUGGGGAUGGUACAACUACUGCAAUUGUUUUGGCUCGUGAGAUGGUCAAAGCUGGUAUGCUAGCCGUUGCUUUUGGGGCUAACCCUGUUUCUAUGAAGAAAGGGAUGGAGCAGACAGUAAGAGAGCUGGUCAAAAUUUUGAAGAAGAAAAGCUAUCCCAUUAGAGGAAAUGAUGAUAUUAAAGCUGUAGCUUCAAUAUCGGCUGGAAAUGAUGAGUUCAUUGGCAGUUUGAUCGCUGAGGCAAUUAAGAAGAUUGGUUCCAAUGGCGUGAUAUGUAUUGAGUCUUCCUCAUCAGCUGAAACCUCAGUCAUGGUUGAAGAAGGAAUGAAGAUUGACAAGGGGUACAUGUCACCCCAUUUCAUCAACAAUCCCAACAAAUCUAUAGUAGAGUUUGAAAAUGCCAAAGUUCUGGUAACCGAUCAAAAGAUAUCUUCUGUCAAAGAAAUUGUUCCUUUGCUAGAGAAGGCCACACAGCUGAGUGUGCCACUGCUGAUUUUUGCUGAGGAUAUUUCAAGCCAAGUGCUAGAAACACUAGUCAUUAACAAGAUGCAAGGAAUGCUUAAUGUUGCUGUUGUGAAAUGUCCAGGAUUUGGAGAAGGAAAGAAAGCUGUAUUGCAAGACAUUGCCCUGUUGACAGGUGCUGAUUUUCUUUCUGGAGACUUAGGCCUGAAUCUUGAAGGUGCAACCUCAGAUCAGCUUGGUAUUGCUCGGAAAAUAACAAUAACCAGCAAUUCUACGACCAUCGUGGCUGAUCCCUCCACAAAAGCUGAAAUACAAGCCAGAAUAAUGCAGAUAAAGAAGGAUCUUGCAGAAACAGAUAGUAAAUAUCUGUCAGAGAAGCUUUCAGAAAGAAUAGCAAAACUCUCUGGUGGUGUGGCCAUAUUGAAGGUAGGAGCACAUACUGAAACAGAACUGGAAGACCGAAAGCUGAGAAUUGAGGAUGCAAAAAGUGCUACAUUUGCUGCCAUGGAUGAAGGAAUAGUGCCUGGUGGUGGUGCCACUUUUAUUCAUCUCUCUGAACACGUAGCCUUCAUAAAAGAAUCGUUUCAAGAUCCAGAUGAGCAGAUCGGUGCUGACAUAAUAGGAAUGGCACUUCUUGCACCAGCAAAGCUGAUUGCCGCAAAUGCAGGAAUGGAUGGAGAUGUAGUUGUGGAAGAAGUUAGAGGUUGUGACUGGCAAAUGGGAUAUAAUGCCAUGACCGGAAGAUAUGAAGACCUUCUUGCUUCUGGGGUUAUUGAUCCUUGCCGUGUUUCAAGGUGUGCCCUUCAGAAUGCUGUCUCUGUUGCUGGUAUAGUCCUAACUACUCAAGCAAUAAUGGUAGAGAAAACCAAGGAGCCCAAACCGCUUGUUCCUCAGAUUCCUGGUAUAACUCCUUAAAAGGAUAAAAGAUAAACCCUGGUUGAAGCACUUGAUCAGGAGAGGGUCAAAUUCAUGUUGUUGUCAUAGUAAAAGGCAAGCUCUACUCUGCCGUUUUGAAUUGGCUGAGACAUUGGAAAGAGUUGAGAAUUUUGGUCCGUGCUGGUACUAUUGAUUGUGUCAUUGUAGAUAAAAUUGUAUCCAAGCACAAACAUUUUCUAGUGCUGAUUCUUGGUAGGAAAAUAUAGAUAUCCUCGAGUAUAUGGGAACUGGUUUGAUCCCAGCAGCACAGAGUCUUCUUGUUUUAGUGGUACUUGUUCCUGCAGGAGGAGCAUCAUCAUUUUCAGGUUUCUAUAAGUAGUCGGUCCAGUAGAUUUCGGGUACCAAAUGUUUAAGAACAAAAAGUAAGGAAAAAGCAGCUGCAAUUGCUGACAGGUUUCAGAUGAAUGGAUAUGAAAAUCAAAAUCCCAUGUUAAUAAAAUGGCUAAAUAGCUGUUUUACUUUGUAAA